AUGGGAGACAGCAACCAGUCGAGUGUCUCUGAGUUCCUCCUCCUGGGACUCUCCAGGGAUCCCCAGCAGCAGCGGCUCCUCUUCCUGCUCUUCCUCACCAUGUACCUGGCCACUGUCCUGGGGAACCUGCUCAUCAUCCUGGCCAUCGGCACAGACUCCCGCCUGCACACCCCCAUGUACUUCUUCCUCAGCAACCUGUCCUUCGUGGAUGUCUGCUUCUCCUCCACCACAGUACCCAAGGUGCUGGCCAAACACAUACUUGGGAAUCAGGCCAUUUCAUUCUCUGGGUGUCUUACACAGAUGUAUUUUCUUUACAUGUUUGAAAACAUGGAAAAUUUCCUGCUGGCUGUGAUGGCCUAUGACCGUUUUGUGGCCAUCUGCCACCCUUUACACUACACAACAAAGAUGACCCAAAAAAUCUGUGUCAUGAUGGUGACCGGAUCGUGGGUCACUGCCAAUCUGAAUGUAAUAUUACACACCCUGCUCAUUGCUCAGCUCUCAUUCUGUGGGGACAAUUCCAUCCCACACUUUUUCUGUGACAUUACUCCCCUCCUGAAACUGUCCUGCUCUGACACACACCUCAAUGAGCUGAUGAUCCUCACAGAGGGAGCUGUUGUCAAGGUCACCCCUUUUGUCUGCAUCCUGAUCUCCUACAUCCACAUCACAUCUGCUGUCCUGAGAGUCUCAUCCCCAAGGGGAAGAUGGAAAGCCUUCUCCACGUGUGGCUCCCACCUGGCUGUGGUCUGUCUCUUCUAUGGCACCAUCAUCGCCGUGUAUUUCAACCCUGCAUCUGCACAUUCAUCUGAGAAGGACACGGCAGCCACCGUGCUGUACACAGUGGUGACCCCCAUGCUGAACCCGUUCAUCUACAGCCUGCGGAACAGCGACCUGAAAGGGGCUCUCUACAGAGUGGUCCACAGAAGGACCUUUUCUGUUUAA